UUCUUAUUUUCUCGCCUGUCUUUCAGAAAAAAAUUAUUUUUAUUACAAACAACAUCUUUCUUAAAUAAAACAGAAGAACAAAAAUGGUUCAAAUGAUGAAGACAACACCUGAAUAUCAUCAACCUGCAAAAAUGGCGCCCGUCAAAAGAGAAAUCACAGAGAAUGAUUCCACUCAAAUUCAAUACGACGUCGCUCGUCUUAACAAAAGACCUAAGUAUCAAGAUUUUGGAAUGGGGAGUUUCGCUGUAUCACCAGCACAAUUUAAUCCAUUGGAUGAACCGAGUCCAUUGGGUUUGCGACUAAGGAAGACUCCGUCUUUGUUGGAUUUGAUUCAGAUGAGACUUUCUGAAGGAAACGCAACUAAAAAUGGAGCUGACGUUAAGAAAGGGAUCAAAAGUACUCCUGCCUCCGCUCCUACUGAUAAGCUAAAGGCUUCAAACUUUCCAGCAUCUCUUUUAAAGAUUGGUACAUGGGAGUAUAAAUCAAGAUAUGAAGGGGACUUGGUGGCUAAAUGUUACUUUGCCAAGCAUAAGCUCGUAUGGGAAGUUCUUGAUGGUGGUCUCAAGAAUAAAAUCGAAAUUCAGUGGUCUGACAUUAUGGCUUUGAAGGCAACUUACCCUGAUGAUGGUCCUGGCACUCUGGAUGUAGUGCUAACAAGGAGGCCUCUCUUCUUCAGAGAGACAAAUCCCCAGCCCAGAAAGCAUACAUUAUGGCAAGCAACUUCGGAUUUUACAGGUGGUCAGGCUAGCCUACACAGGCGUCAUUUCCUACAGUGCCCACAAGGUUUAUUGGGCAAGCACUUCGAGAAGCUGAUCCAGUGUGACCCUCGUCUUAAUUUUCUGAGCCAGCAACCAGAGGUAGAAUUGGAGUCUCCUCACUUUGAACCAGGGACAUCGGGGUUUGACGAGCCAAACGAAGCCAGUGAAUAUGAUUUAAGCAGAGUUGGGCCCGCCAUCUUUGAUUUACACAGAACAGCUUCACCAUCAGGAGGUCAGUCUUCAUCUAGAAGUGAGUUGGUUGAUCCUGCUGGUCGACCUGCAGAGAUUUCUAGAGAAGCACCUUCACCUAGCUCAGUGAUGGACGCCUCAGCAAUCGAAGGAAUCAGAAGAACUAGAAUUGAGGGACUCAAAGGUCUUAGCCAUUGGGACCAAAUCAAAGUUCCUGGGAUACACCCCUCUAUGUCGGUGACUGAUUUGGUAAAUCACAUAGAAAACAGAAUAACAGAACAAAGGACAUCCAGCAACCACCCUCUUUCUCGUGAAGAGCAAGAAAGUUUAGAGAUUCUCGAAGACAUUAGCCGAUGCUUAUUCAAUGAUGCACAAUAUGGGUCAUCAGCUUCAGACGAGAAAUCUGUUAUGUCAAAAGUCAACUCUCUUUGCUGUCUUUUGCAGAAGGACCCCUCAACGUUUCAGGAUCUCGAGUCUAAAACCAACACUGAAAGUGGUAAAAGUACUUUUGAGUUGAAGCCCAUUUUUGAGUCGGUAGCUGGAGAUCCUUCAGUGGUCCAGGGUGAAUCUGAUGAUAGCAAGAAGGGUGCCGGGAUGUCAAGAAUGGACUCGGUCGGUGAAUUGUUGCAUAAUCUUCCGAGAAUAGAAUCAUUAUCUCAGUUCUUCUACAACUUCUAGGACGAUUUUGGAGACCGAGAUUAAGUUAGUUUUGUAAUCUCACAUUUUCUUUAUAUGGUUUCCUGAGAAGGGUACUUGAUAUUGUAUAUGUCAUAAAAAGUUGGUGGGUGGUAUAUGUAGGUAUAUCCAAAGUAUGGAGCAUCAUAUUUUGGACCUUAUGAUCGUGUACAUAUGUUGUCUUUCACUCGUACUUAAAAGCAUUGAACUUUGAUGAUUUGAUUUUAAAAACUUUCAA